AUGGGGGAUCAAAAAAAGAAAUUAAACAUUCCGAACAGACAAGAUACAUCACAAAUUGACGAAUUGAAAACUGAAAUUAAUAAUCUGCCGAAGGACAAGCCAAAAGCAUGCGAAGGUCUCAUCCGAGAAUUGAACAAAAAGAUUUCGGAGGUCAACAACAAAAGCGUGAAAGAACGGCUUCAUUCCGAUCUUAAAGCUAUAUCUUUUCUUGGUUUAAACAGCGAGUUGAAGAAAAUGGUCGAAGACAAUGGCUUGAAGAUGGAAGCAAUCCAACUUGUGCUGAAAUAUGUGACUUCAAAAGAGGAGCUCGGUGAAUAUUUUUUCACUCAUCCUAACGGGGAUUCUGAAAAAGAUGGACUGGAUGCUGUAAGAAGACGGCUCAGUCCAAAACUAGAGGUUCUUGGUGGAUUAUAUUCUAAAGGAAUUGAUGUGUCAAAGCCCUGGGUACAAAACCUUGUUCAAGCUGCUCCAUCACUUCAAACACUAUCCAGAAUCCCAGUUUCUGAACUGCAGGUACGAUGUCACGGUUUAUUCGAUUUGAAAGUAUUUAAAGUGUCCUAUUUCUUUUACAAAAUAGAUUCUGUUGCCAAGGGCAUCCGAACAGAAUUUGUGUAUUUUAGUGUGCCGUAUUCAUUAAUCGUAUUAAGGAUACAGACGCAAACACCAUUGUGAAUGCGUCUAUCACGUCGGAUUAAAUUAUACCCGGGUAAUGAAACAACGUUAUCGUCAAUGUGAUUUUGCAACCACGUUCCACAAUGCCGGUUAUUACUUUUUCUCCAAGAACUCUGUUUGCCAGAACCUUUGGAAUGUCCAAUCUAAAGUUUUAUUACAAAUGCUGAAUGCGCGAUCACAAUUUAUAAUGAAUUUAUUAUAAGGUUUCUGAAACGUUCUCUGAUCGUAAAGUUUACUUAAGGAGGUUCGCUGCAGUUUUUAAUAUAUAUCAGUGUUUUUUAAACUAAAAGCUAUUUGAUCGAAAUUAACUUAAUCUUUUACACAAGCUAUUGUUUCCUCUUAUAUAAAAAUACUAGAAAAUAAAUGCAUGCAGAAACCCUCGCCUUGCUGACAAAACCAUUGUAUUUUCCGAACAUGAAGUAUCUAGAGCAGUUGUCAUGGUAACACGAUCAUUUUUUAAGAAUAUUCUUACAAAUCGCCUAAAAAUAUCACUUUUAAUUACAAAAUUAUCAAUUUCCCAACAUAGAUAUGUUAGGUAUGUUAUUAUACGUAAUAUAAGCUUCGAAGAUUUAAGGUAAAAUUCAACCACAAACACUUCGCAAAACGUUUUAAAGUGUUCUUUAUAAAACUAAACAGCCUUUAAUUAAAUGGCUUUAUCGAUAAACUUUGAAUUUGCAAUAAAAUAAUUUCAAAUUCUCGCUUGCAAGUAACUUUGCUUUCUUUUCUAUUUAAAAAAUUCAAUAUAAUAAAAAAGGGAAUCAAUAUUAAAGAUGAACUGAAAUUAUAUGCUACCUUGUUUAGUUGUUUCAUAUACGCAAAGCCCGUCGGGUUUUAAACCAUUAUAAAAUCAAUAUUUAAAACAAACUUACCUUCGUUAACGUCGGCAAAAAUCCGAGAAAAAAUUCAUCAAUCAUCAAAUCAAGAAAUGUUUGCUAUUUCGCUGUCGUCAUGCAGUCGUUACAAUGCAAACUUUAAAUUGGACCAAUCAGUGUCCGCUAUUCAUGACAGUCCGCCAUAUUUUUGAGAUCAGUGAGAAUGAUCACCCAUUGUUGGUCACCCACGCCCGCGAUAUUUGAUGAACUUUAGACUUCCCUAAUGCUUUCGUUUCCCCAGGCGUAAAUAGCCGGGGGGAAUUAGUACCCUCGCACAGCGCUUCGCGCCGUCGGCUCGGAGAUAAUUUUAACCCACAAUCGCUACUCUUCAGCUACCAUGACCACAUGUCGUCACCAUCAAUAAGGCCUAAUUAUAUCAACAAAAAAAGCCGUCUACGCGAACAAAUAACCACAAUAUUUAAGCACUUUAUCUGUUGAAGACUGCAAACUGGCAGUUGAAAGCUCGUGCUAAAUAAAUUUUACGACCAGAGAACGUUUCCGGAACUUUACUAAAAUUUUAAUUUAAUUUUUCUCCUCAGAAUUAACCUUUCUGGCGGUCAAAGUCAUGUAUGCAAUUUUCACUGUUUGACUGCAGAAUCUUGAUAUUGCUACUGGCGGCACAAACAUAAAAAUGAUCACAAAAAAUAGUUUCUUAAUUUGGAAAUAGGUUCGGAGUGUCAUAACUUUUGUAUAUGGUGAAACGGAGUAAACAUCCCAUUUAUUUUGCCACUGUUACUACAUAUAGGAACUUUGCGAUGGAGAAAAUCAAGGAGAAAAAGAAGUUGUAAAGCGUUUGGUAAAAGAUGCGGAAUCACGUAGUAAACAGAGAGCAACUGCCAAAAAUUUUCAAGAAUUUUAUGGAAAAGAGGGAGGCGGAAAAGCUAUUGAUCAUGAGAAACUUAAAAAAGCGAAAGCGUUGAUGAAAGAAGCAAAGAAACUGGCAACGGAUCAGGCAGUCGAAGCAAAGAAUGCCGUGAACGGGAAACUAGCCGAAAUCACGAAGAUACUUCAACUUCCCCGCGAUUGGAAUAAACAAGACAUCGGACUUGAACCAGAACAACUUUUGCAACAGUUCGACGGGAUUAUAGAGCAGUUCAAAAGUGUCGUUGAAGUAGGUGAACCCUACCAAAGUGAGAUGGAAGUAGUCAGAAAAGCAAGCGGUGGUCGUGCGCUUUGUGGAAUAUACUACUCCGAAUACGUGCCUCCUGUAACAGCAGAAGUACCAAUCAUAGUAAUGCCCGAAAAAUUGAUCCUUUCCAGCCCAAACAAUUCACAGCAGGUGAGAUACGUGCAGUUCUCCAAGAGCCAGGCUGCUGCAGACUACGUUCAAAGUGUGAAAUCUUCAAGUAGUAAUAUUGGAGUAGGCAUUGCUGGCUUUUACAAACUGGCGGUUGGUGAAUUCAGUGGAAGUUACGCAACCAAAAGCGACAAAGGUAUGAAUUUAGUAUCUAUAUACGUACCACUUUCACAAAACCUGGUACAUACUGACACGCCCUCAUCAAAACCGGAAAACAGCUACAAAAAUAAUUUUUCUUAUAAAGUUGACUUUUUGGGCAAGAGGCGACGGCAUAACGGAAGGGGAAAGAGGGCAGAAUUUCGUUUUGCUGAUGAUUUUUAA